UUAUAAAAUAUAUGUAACAGAUGACAGUAGAUGAAACACGGAUUCAUCACUACACUCCUGAGAACAGGCACUACAAAAUACAACUGCUAAAAAUCUAGUAGCUUUAAUAGAAUGUACUAUAUUUAAUAUUUCAAGUAAUUGAUAAAUAAAUACUUGAAAACUUGACUUGACAAUGAAAAGCUACUACUUGACUUGAUUUCAAGUCCAGUCAAGUAGCUUGAAUAUCAAGUCAAGCCGUGAAUCUCUAAUGAAAUGGGAUCAGGCAGGUUGAUUGAAGGUAAUUAUAUUUUAAUAUUUUGACUUCAAAUUUGAAUUCAGAAGACUGAAUUAAAUAGAUGUGAGUUUCAUGCAAAAUUUGUGAAAAGGAAUUUGAACAGGCGCGAAAAAGUUAUUGAUUACGAAGAUCUCAGAGAUGUUGAUCAUAUUAAAGAUUUAAGGGCAGGACCGUAUCUAUAUAAGAAAAUAUAAUGGAUGAAAAAAAUUAUGGAAAAUGGUGGCGCCGUCACUUGAUUCUCCUAUGUACUUGUUGUUGACUUUCGAAUAAUUGAUAUUUAAUUUUUAAUUUGAUUACCUAUAUUGUUUUUUUUUUUGAUCACAUGUAAUUUGAGGUUAUGGGAUUAUUCUUUUUUUGCAUGGUAUGGCAUACUAUUUGAGUGGAUACUUUUUCUGGGAUUAUCCUGCAUGUAUUCCUAUUCAUCAUAAAUAAAAAUAAAUGAAAUUCAUCACGUCAAUCCUCUUCUCAAAUUGUAUUUUCGUAAGAAUUUGAAAAAGUAUGAAUUGAUUUCUCGAAAUAAAAUGAAAUUAAUUGUGCACUUAUUCAUCAGCUUUAUUUAUUGUACCUACCUAUACCUAUUCUCUUAAUUUCCCAUAAUUAAAAAAAUAAAUAAAUGUUCCCAAUUUAUUUUAUCUCGACUCACAUUUAAAGAGUAACUGCUUAUUAUUCUAAUCAAAUCACUUUGUGAGGAUGAAAGAGAUUAAUUAUUAUUUCAGUGUAGUGACAUGAGAUACUUCCUAGUUCCUACGAUGUUUCCAAUGUUAAUAAUAAUGAAAUUCUAUUCUUAGUUUCAGUUGAAAAUAUCUUACAAAAUUGUUCCCAAAACAGUUUCACCUAAAGAAUCGACUUUUAUUAUAAGGAUUAAAAAUUAUUCACACCCCACUUCAAUGAAUUUUGUCUAAAAUCGUUAGGCAGAUAUAAAGGACAGUUGCGAAUUCAUUCUGAAGUUUGAAGAAGACAAUGUUGAAUAAAGUUUCAAGAUGGAAACUGCUCUAUGGGUAUCCUCCUGGAUUGGUACGAAGCUCAGCAAGUAUCGUCAAGUUUUUUGUACAAUUUCACUUUUAAAGAACCAGUGUUUUUUUUUUGUAUUCCUGGAAUUAUUUCGUGUUUACGAGAAAUACCUGAAAGUCAGUUAACUUUAUGACAGUUCUCAGGCAGAUAAUCCCAGACGGUGUCGGUUAUGACGGUUAGCAGUUUUGGGUAUGACUUCUAUUAUAAUAUUUACAAAAUACUUGCACCCCCCUUUCCAUAAAUUUUGUCUGAAAUGAUUUUGCAGAAAUAACCGACAGUUCAUUCUGUAGCUUGAAGAAGAUAGUGUUAGAAAGAGUUUCAAGAUGGAAACAGCUCUAUGGGUAUCUUCUGGGCUGAUACGAAGCUCAGCAAUGAGUAUCGUGAAGUUUUUUGUGCCUAAAAUGAUAUAUGGUUCGGCCAGAGUAGCUCGUUAUUUUAUACCUAGAAGAAUCGUUAACUUAACGUCCAAGUGUGUAGAAAUUGUCGAAAUUGUCACAUCUUUUAUGACAAUUUUGGAGCAAGUUGAAGCUCUUGACCAUCAAUUAAAGGUACUCAAAGAGUCGUCCAUUGAUAAUGAGGAGGAAUAUGCGAAAGCGAAACUAAUCAAUAAUGAUUUGUGUUCCAAAAUUUCAGCAUUGGAACACCAGCUCAAAGAGUUGGAAGAAAAGAACGACGAAAGAAUCCUACAGGAACAGAUUAAAACCAAGGAAAUAGUUGAGAAACUUGAAUAUGAACAGCAAACGUUAUUGAAAGAAGCUGAUAGCAGGAUAUUCUCCUGUGAACAAAAGAAUGCCCAGCAUACAAAGGAACUUUGCAUGCAGAAAAUGAUCAUCGAAAAAAUUAAGGAAGACCGUGAUAAACUAUUAAAAGAAGUGCAAGAACUCAACAAUGAAUUAUUUUCUACAUCUACUAAAGCCCGAAAAUAUGAGGAACAGCUUGAAAAGGUUUCUAAAGAAUGUGAGGAGAAAACACAAAUGAUCGAAAAUAUAGGGACAGAGCUAGAUAAAUUGAAAAUACAAAAUGAGCAAGAAAUCCAACAAGCAUAUUUAGAAUUAUGUAGUUUGAAAGAGAAGAAUUUCCUCUUGGAAGAAUCAAACGAGGAUCUACAAACAAGCCUAUCAUCACUUUCCAGUAGGGUCACCCGCCUAGAAGCAUUGGCUGAGUACAGAGACCUAGUUUAUGGGCAGCCUUUCUGAGAAAUCCUGUUAGUACGCUUGUUGCUAUGAUUGUUUUCACAUCAAAGUUGUAGCUCCAAUAGUUUUGGAGCUACGAAUUUUUCAAUAGUCGUCUAUGAAUAUAAAACAUUACUCAAAGGUUCGUCAACACGUUUUAAUGAUCUAGUCGCUAUUCCAUUAACUCUGAAACUACACUGGUAAGAUUCCGGAGAGUUUCUAUUUACUCCAAAAUCAGUGGAUUACGAAUAUUCUCCAGAAUAGGAGAAAAUAAGCCAUUGGUAGAUUUUUUAUUUGUAUCAGGAUAUUGAUGUAUUUAUUUGUAAAUUUGUUUUGCCAUAUUUUAUAAUGUAGGUACAUAUACUUGUCUUAUUUUAUUGUAAAAAUUAUAUUGAAAAUGUUUUUCGCUGAAAAUUUGUAUCAUUGUGAAGUACACACUAGACGAAUCUCUCAUGAGAUAUGCGAUUGUCAUUUGGGGGAGUUGUUCUGAUACUCCAAAAAUCCGCUUUGAGGACUAUGCUGUGUCUGAACUCUGAAGUCCUAUCGGGAGUCCUAUAGAGGCAAGUUCAGACAAAAUCCGUAAUACUUUUUUAUAAUACAAACAGGACACGCAAGAAGAUCCAUUCUACCUUAUACAUUGUACAUUAACAGAGAAAAAUACACAAAUGUUAAAAAAUUUAUAAUGAACUCCCUAAAUCUAUCCUAAAUAUGAUAAAUUUCAAACAAUUCAAACGAAAACUUACUGAGUUAAUUAUAAAAAUCGAACCUUAUUCUAUUUCAGAAUUCUUAAAUUGUUCUUUUUAAAUUUACAGAUUGUAAUUCUAAUAAGUUCUUUCUCUAUGUUUUGUUUGACGCUUUCUCAUUUCUUUGUUAAUAACAACGAUUCUGAGAAUAAAGUUUUGUUUAUUGUUAUUGUUAUUUUGGUUUGUAUCCUACACAUUUAGGGAUUAACUUGUAAGAUAUCGUAUAGGUAAUUUAGAUUGAUUGUUCGAAAUAAUGUAGAAUUCACGAAAAAUAAAAUUUUUUUUAUAGAAGUUGAAACAUUAUUUGAACCUAGCGACUUCAAGAGAAGCAAAUUAUUCUUGAUCAACAAAGCUUCGAUUAUCUCCGUCCAAUCUAAUUCUCAAUGUUUCAUAGUCAGAUCAAGCCAAACGCCAAAACAGAUUUUGCAUUAUCCAAUAAAAAUUUACAAAUAUAAUUUCCAUACAUUUUAAAUAUGAUUUCUGGCAUAUGACCGCCACGGCUG